AUGCGGUGCCUCUCUUACCUGUUGGUGGCCUUACUGGCUUUUAUAUACAGUGCAGCUGCGCAGACAGCCACGGCUAGCUCUUCUCCGGCUUAUCAUACCGUCGUGGUAGGCUACAACUCGAAUCAAUUCUCUCCAAACAACUUGACCGCCAAUCCUGGAGACGUGGUAGUCUUCCAGUUCAUUGCACAGGGCCACACAGUGGUACAGUCCAAUUUUGAAGAACCAUGCGUUCCAAGAGAUGCCUACCAUCCGGGCCGCUCGGUAUUCUUCAGUGGCUGGUAUAACGGCAGUGAUAAACCAACGUGGAACUUAACGAUCAACGAUACAGCCCCCAUCUUCUACUACUGCUCACGUUGGAACUCCUGUCUCAAGGAGCACAUGAUUGGCUCAAUCAACCAAAAUGCAACCUACUCGCUCCAAGCACAGCUGAACUCGAUAAACAGCUCAGACAUCAUGCUUCAACCUGGCGAAGCCAUCCCUGAAGAAGGAGGCACUCCCUCCUCUUCUGCCACGCCUACCCCUCACCACUCUGUCACACUUUCUGGUGGUGCGAUCGCCGGUAUUGCAGUAGCUGGCGUAGUCGUUCUCGCUCUCGCUUGCGCGCUUUUCUGGUUUGUAGGCCGCCAUCGCACAUUGAAAGACUCUCUGAAGAGUUCUUCUCAACACUCAGGGGCAGUAGAGAGUUGGGUCAACAGCACCAACCCACCUUCCACAGUCGGUGGCCCCUCUUCCAUGCGUCCGCCUUCCUAUGGACCAGGUGAUGGAGGCUACAUGACUCCCAUGGACGCACACAAGCAUUGGGAUUAUUCGCAACCGAGACACAGUUAUAUGCCUAUGACACCGCCGAUCCAGGAGUUGGGGGUUAGUGAGCCAGUAGAGAUGGAAGAGACAGGAAGGGGAAGGACUCGAGAAAGGGAGAGCGAGUAA